AGUCCACUAGUACUCUCCAGUCUCUUCUGUGCCUAGCUGUUCUGGUUCAUUUGUUUGCCCGUUCCGUGAGACCUUUUCUUAGGACGCACACUGUACGAUCUAGAUCUGCUGGAGGCAACCGCAUCAUACGCGGUACGACCUACACUUCCGUACUUACAAUGUAUACGAAAAACAAAGAACGGCAAAAACGACGACACGCGUUGUGGGUGUGAAGGUAUGGACGGAAGAAUGUUGUAAAGACGGAACAUCCGCUGUCAAGUGCGUCUUAUACGCUGCACACUCUCUCGAGCUCUUAAUUAAUUAAUCAGCUGAGCCGUACGUGCAGACCGAGACGUUGUCUAGCUCUUUAAUUAAUUAAGAGAUGGGCAACAGUGGGUCUGACAAAGGGAUUUGCGUUGGGAAUCCAAUGUGCUGGCUGCUCUUAUUGCUCACAGCUUCACUAAUUGUCAAUGUAGUGUUUGCUGUAUUUGGUUAUUUAGCAGUGACGAAUCUGCAGAAUAACGUUCGAGAUCUGCAGAAUGAUAUGGCUGAUGUGCAACGACAUCAGACCAUAGCAAGUGGGAUGAAAGAAGAGAUGAGUGAAAUGUUGUCGAACAAUGCAGCAGACAGAGAGAAAAAAUCCGCAUCGUCUUCCUCUUCUUCAUUUCGUCUUACAGCUGAUGUUGGGUCAGUGUUUGUAUCUGCUAUAAAGCGUAUGUGUAAACGAGGAACUGUCUGCAUCCCGGGAGCAAAAGGAGAAGCUGGACAGCCAGGUAGAGAUGGCUUACCAGGUACAACUGGCAGAGACGGUCCUGUGGGUUUACGUGGUCUGCCUGGUAAGCCUGGAGCUAAGGGAAUGGGAUUACCUGGAAAGCAAGGUCCAAUAGGUGGGAAGGGAGAGAAAGGAGAAAGAGGGAGCCAAGGUGAACGAGGAUAUACUGGUGACAAGGGAGAAAGAGGAAUGACGGGAGAAAAAGGCAAUAAUGGGAUACGAGGAGAGAAAGGAGAAUUAAGAGAAUCGGGUGAAUCAGGAGAAUCGGGUGAAUCGGGGAAAUCAGAAACACCGAGUCAGUGUAAUGCAACAAAUCAUCAAGUCUUGUCUCACAUAUGGAGGAAAGUUUCAUCAACUAAGGAUGAGUUUGGGUAUCAUCGUGAUGGAGAUGGAUUUCAUGGAUUUCGACCAGGAUGGCAUGUAUUUGAUGCUAGUAUUGGAGGAGGAAUGCCUGAGACAUGCCCACCAACACAUCGUUGUGGAACAUAUGGACCAGGAUGGCUGAAUGGGUCUCACCCAACUGCAGUUGGACAGACCAGCAAGGAAACGGUUUGUUUUCACUGGAACGACGACUGCUGUUUUCGGCAGGUUACUGUUGACAUCACCAAUUGUGGACAAUUCUAUGCAUAUAAUUUGCCAAAUGAACCUUACGGUGGUGGUUUUGCUUAUUGCAGCAAUGCAUAAUAAGAAAGCAGCUAAUUAAUGGCAAACGCUUGUGAUAUCUUGAAUAAUUGAAUAAAAUCAUUGCAUGUUCCAUGU